ACAAUGCAGUUCCUAGCCUGGUUCAAUUUGCUGCUUCUCCUUCCUUGUUUUGGUACCACCAAAACCUGCUUCCCUGGCUGCCACUGUGAAGUGGAAAGCUUUGGUCUCUUUGACAGCUUUAGCCUGACCAAGGUGGACUGCAGUGGAAUGGGCUCACACAUUGUUCCUGUCCCAAUCCCUCUGGAUACCUCCUACUUGGAUCUAUCAUCAAACAAACUGGAAACAAUCAAUGAAUCGAUGCUUACUGGCCCUGGAUACACCACCUUGGUGAGCCUCGACCUGAGCUACAACAAAAUUGCCAAGAUUUCCUCCACAACCUUCUCCAGGCUUCGGUACCUGGAGUCCUUGGAUCUGAGUCAUAAUUCUCUGGAAGUCCUUCCAGAGGACUGUUUCUCCAGUUCUCCUCUGGGUGACAUAGAUUUGAGCAAUAACAAGCUUUUGGAUAUAGCUAUGGACAUUUUUGCUUCAAAAGGUCAAGGAAAACCCCUGAAUGUGGAUCUAUCCAAUAAUAUGCUCAGCACAAUUACAAGGCACCGUGAAAAGAACAUCCCCAACAUCCAGAACUUAAAUCUUUCUGGAAACAGGCUAACAUCUGUGCCUAAUCUUCAAGGGAUUCCUCUCCGAUACUUAAAUCUUGACGGGAACCCUCUAGUCAAGAUUGAGAAAGGAGACUUCACGGGGCUGAAAGAUUUGAUUCAUUUAUCCCUCAGCAGCCUGCGUGGCUUUGGAGAGUUAUCUCCUUAUAGCUUCAAGGAACUACCAGCCCUCCAAGUUCUGGAUUUAUCCAGCAAUCCCAACCUGAAGUCACUGACUGCUGAAGUUAUCUUAGGUCUGAACUCCCUACAGGAGCUCAACCUCUCUGGGACAGGCGUGUCAUCCUUGCCAAAGACUGUGCUGAAAUACCUGCCUUCCAUCAAAAGCAUCACCUUGGGGAAGAACAUACAGUGUCUUAAGACCAUAAAAGAAGGACAGUACCACCGACAAAUUGGGCUGACCAAAAAAGAGGUCCUCAGUUGCCACGACAGUCAUGGGUCCGUAGCAGCAGCGCCUUACGUUUCGUGAUGAAAGCUGGGGAGAAGGGGUGGGGAAGGGAGGGUGGGGGGCCAUGGGAUUUGUACAGGUGUCGGACUGAGAUGGCUUGCAGUGUGCCUUUUGUAAAACUGUCAAUAAUUUAUAUAUUUGUAUAUGCCAAUACUUGAUUGUUUGUGGAUUUUAUAAACUCUCAAAUCCUGGCCCACAUCAUCUGCAGGCUCCAGAUUUUGCCCAGUGCGUUGAGGUCCUGCGUGCAGGCCAUUAGCUCAAGAGCGGUGAUGCUGGACAAUGGGGACCAAGCUGCUCUGCAAGUCCCAGGGCAGAACAGCCGCUCUGGAGCAAACCUUCAUGCCCCAGGCACAUUUGUAGGAGCAAAGCUAUGUCUCUCCAGACCACACACCAAAAUGUACUGACU